AUGCCGGGCCGACUUGGCCACCUCUUCCUGCACCAGGGCAGCUACUCACCAAAGGCCAGGCAUGGCCCCCAGGGAGGCACCUUCGACCUUCGGAACCACAGGAUCUACCCUGGUGAGCAGAAAGGCCCCAGGGAGCGGCUCCCAAAGCUCAGAGAUGGCAGCAAGGGUGAGCAGAGGACUGGAGCGCCCGGCCCUCCCUCCGGAACCGGCCCGAGGCCUCCCGUCUGGAGCCCCGCGGUCCCUCGCUGUGGCGGUCGGAACCCAAGAUCCCGCCCCGGGAAGCCGCGCUCCUCCCGCCCGCCCGGCUGGUCCCGGGAAGCCGCGCUCCUCCCGCCCGCCCGCCCGGCUGGCCCCGGGAAGCCGCGCUCCUCCCGCCCGCCCGGCUGGCCCCGGGAAGCCGCGCUCCUCCCGCCCGCCCGGCCCCGGGAAGCCGCGCUCCUCCCGCCCGCCCGGCUGGCCCCGGGAAGCCGCGCUCCUCCCGCCCGGCUGGCCCGGGAAGCCGCGCUCCUCCCGCCCGCCCGGCUGGCCCGGGGAAGCCGCGCUCCUCCCGCCCGCCCGGCCCCGGGAAGCCGCGCUCCUCCCGCCCGCCCGGCUGGCCCCGGGAAGCCGCGCUCCUCCCGCCCGCCCGCCCGCCCGGCUGGCCCGGGGAAGCCGCGCUCCUCCCGCCCGCCCGGUCCCGGGAAGCCGCGCUCCUCCCGCCCGCCCGGCUGGCCCGGGGAAGCCGCGCUCCUCCCGCCCGCCCGGCUGGCCCCGGGAAGCCGCGCUCCUCCCGCCCGGCCGCCCGGCAGGCCCCGGGAAGCCGCGCUCCUCCCGCCCGGCCGCCCGGCAGGCCCCGGGAAGCCGCGCUCCUCCCGCCCGGCCGGCCCGGGGAGGCCGCGCUCCUCCCGCCCGCCCGCCCGGCCCCGGGAAGCCGCGCUCCUCCCGCCCGCCCGGCCCCGGGAAGCCGCGCUCCUCCCGCCCGCCCGGCCCCGGGAAGCCGCGCUCCUCCCGCCCGCCCGGCCGGCCCCGGGAAGCCGCGCUCCUCCCGCCCGCCCGCCCGGCCCCGGGAAGCCGCGCUCCUCCCGCCCGCCCGGCCCCGGGAAGCCGCGCUCCUCCCGCCCGGCUGGCCGCUCUAGGAGCCGAGCGCCCGCGUCUCACCUGGAAUCACCCCUGGAGAAGGACCCUGGCGUUCUCGGCAUCCAGCCCGUCCCCCGAGGCAGGGCACUUCAGGGGUUAAGUCCCCUGGGGCUGGCCUCUGUCUUCCGGCUUUUCCCAGACCCCCCCCCCCCAGCCGUGAGUCGGGGCCGCCUGGGUUCCCGGGGUGGCCUGGAGGCCCGGGACAGCCGCCGGGGAACAAUAGGGCCAAGGCGGCGGCGACGGGUGCGGGGCGCAGGCCGGGCCCGGGGCGGCGGGGGCGGCGGCCGGGGGAUUGUGGGAACCGCGCGAGGGCCGCCGUGGGGGAGGGGAGGCGCGCGCGCCGGGAGAGCGGGUCCGGCCGGGGGCGGCGAGGCGGCCGCCGCUCGCCGGGGCCCGGGGAGCCUGGGCGUCCGCGGCGGGGAGGGGACGCUGGCGGCUCGGCCGGCCUUUCGGAGCCGGGAACGGGGUCGGCGCUGCGGGCCGGGAGCGCUGGAGCCCGGGUCCGCCUGGGUGCGGGGGGCGGCGUCGAGGGCGGUCCCGCCGCCUCCUUGUCAGGGUCACCCUGGGCCGCGCGCACCUCCGCGGGAAGGCAGCCGCCCCGGGCCGUCCUUCCCGCCUCGGCCCUCCGGGGGCCCGCCGCGGCCGGAGGCUGGCGCUGCCCGGCCUGGGCUGCUUCCCAGUACUUCUCGCCUCCCUGUCUUCGCUACUUCUUGCCUGUGGCCUUGUCAUUAA